UUUAGCUUAAACAAUCAGCUAUGGGCUGACUAUCUCACGGACGAUGUGAACAGGGCUGCAACAGAUGGGGUCAAAUGGGAUCCAUUGAGACAAACGUUAUCUGAAAGCCUCCACACUGUAUGCUCAGGAGGGGAGAAGCAAUGACGAACAUAAUGCCUGUGUGUUCAUGCGUCUGUGUUUGUGUGCAGAUAGAAGGAGGUAAUACAUGAGUGGGGGUUGAUGAGUCUGUAGCGGUGCAGUAUAAAUAUCUGAGACCAAAGGGAGAAAGUGCAUCGGUUCAUCUGGGGCACCAAGGAGGAGGUGGGGAGACUUAAAAAGAAAAUAAUAGAAUUAGAGAAGGGAACAUGAAGGCAUCACGACGGUGACUGCAACGAAGAGCAAACAGAAGAGAAGAACUGACAACACUGUAAGGUCUGAAGAGAGAUUUAAUCAGGAGUGCUGAAAAAUUGACCCAGAAAUGGCCAACACAAGAGAAGUACUUUUGGCUUCACUGUUGCUCCUGGGAGUCAGUCUGCCGUGCUUCUGUGUGUAUAACAGUGGUGAAUGCUUCUUCAACACUAAAGCAAGCUGUGAAUACAUGGGUCAGGUGUAUGGCAUUGGGGAGAGCUGGAUAACCAGUGAUUGCUACCAGUGUGUCUGCAUGGAGCCUUUUGGAGUGGGAUGUUGUGACCUUGCGACCAAGCCCGUUGACUACCCAGAAUGGUGUGAAGUCAUUCGUAAACCGGACUCUUGCACCAGUGUUGCUGUGAUGAGAGUCAAUCACAAAUUACCCUGUCUCUGGGGACAAGGACGUCUCAGAACAGCUGGGCAGCCAUGGAAAUCUGACAAUGGUCCUUUAUUUUAAUUUAAGCCAUUCUGGCAAAAGAAAAAAACAUUAAAAAUGUGAAGGUUGUUGAGAUAUAACAAAGAAAAAAAAACACGAUCGUGAUUCUCCUUUUUAACAUUGUGACCAAUUUUUAUUUUGUGCAUCUGUUGACU